GGGGACAGCGACGGUUCGCUCGCUCUACGCCAGAUGUAUUUUACGCGCCUGAAAAUUCUACACACCCUUCGAAUACGAGUUGUGUACGCCUAGGCAGGACCAGCGGCCAGAUUUCCAGCAUCAAAACGCAAUUUCACUUUUCACGGGGGACCGUGUUGAAAAAUGAAUCCACAUAAAUCUCAGUAAUGCGCGUGAAUUAUGAGAGUUGGAACGAAAAGCUCCGUUUUUAUCGCUGCGUUGCUAGUUCAGGUUGCACCACUGCUGGCUGCGGCACGAUCCGAGAAUAACGCAAAGAACGACAAACACAACAGUGACGACGACCGUGUCGGCGGCUUCGGGCACGGCGUCGGCCAAAUCGAUGUUUCACUGGGCGCCCACCCGUCCCUUUUGGAAGGGUUGCCACCCCGGCAACAGGACGAGAUACCCCCUUUGCGCCCAAUAAACGACCCACCGCCAGAAUUCAGCACUCUGCAGCCUCUUGACGAGCACCAUCGGCCAAAUCCCGGCAGUGAGCGAAUGCGAAAAUCGCAGGCCAAUACGCAGAGUCAGGAUGAAAAAGGCUACGACUGCACUGCCAUUUUGCUCGAGCGACUGAGCAAAAGAUGUUGUCGUCUACCCGUGCUAGUGCCUCUCAACAUGAUCGAUAAUUGCACAAUCAGAGACGACGUUUCGCCUGAAUAUAGAAAGAGGUUCAAAGUAAAACGAGGGCCCAGGUGUCUGUACGAUUGCGCUUUUCGAGAGCUGAAUUUGUUGUCCGACGAUGGACUAGCUCUGGAUGUGCUUCAAAUCACUGUACGAAUGUUGGAAGCCGCCAACAAUACGUCCUGGAAUCCUUCCAUGCUAAGAGACACAAUAAUCACAUGCAACACAUUGAUAGAAGAAAAUGUUUCCACGAAAAUAAUGUAUGCCCUUUCCGGGGAAAACUGCAGUGUGCUGCCGUGGGUGAUGCUUAAGUGUCUGAAGAAGAAAUUCGUGCUGGAAUGCCCAGAUGUGGAGGUCAUAAACAAGGAUGAGGACUGUAUAAGGGACAAGGCUCGGCUUCAGGGUUGUAAUCCACUCACCCUCACCAACACGAGUCAAGUGAAACCAGCCAGCAGACCGGAAACGCCAGCUAACGAUGCGUUUGAGCAGCUGAAACCGCAAACUGCCACCCCGAAUAGCACCCCUUGGAUUGGCAAGUUGCCGGAUCGACGAUAUGAUGUCAGGAAAACUACCACGGCCAUGCCCACUUCACAAGUUGAGAGAAAAAGGAACCAAAAUAAUUCAGAACCUGAGCAGGAUCGGGAAUCGGCAGAUACUCCUGAUUAUAGAAGUGAAAAUAUCCGGAGCAACGGAAAAAGUCCGUCUCAGGAUAUCAAAGGAGGAAAAAAUAAAAAGAAAGGCAGAGAAAAUGGGAGAAUGGUAAAUGAUAUUGAUCAGGAGCAUCCAGUAGAGGACUUUGAAGGUGGAGAAUUGAGAGAUCGAGAAGAGCUAAUCUUCGUUCCAAGCACUACCGUGGCACAUGAAAUGAUCGCUAAGAAAGAAAAACCGAAAAAAUUCCACAAAAAUUAAAUAAUACAGAUAAUAUAUGUUCUCCCAAAGUAACCCAAAUACAGAUUUA